AUGGAAGUUCUUUUGUCUGGGGAUCCGGUGAAAUCAGCUCUAUCUUUUCAAUUAUCAGCGGAUAGAAAUUAUUUAUUUGUUGCUCACACGUUUCAAAAUUUGUACAGAUAUUCUUUCAUAGCUCACUAUGACAUAUACAACCUUAAAACUAGGCAAAAAUUUCCUUUGUCGGUGAGCGAGGAUUUAAAAUUAAUAUUACUUGCUCAAUGGGCCCCAGUCGGAAAUGGUAUAGCAUUCGUUUUACACGACAAUCUUGAUAUUUAUUACAAGUCUACGCCGGAAAGUACAGCUUAUCGGGUCACAAAUACUGGAUUACCCACGGUUAUUUACAAUGGAGUUCCUGAUUGGGUUAAUGAAGAGGAAGUUUUCAACUCGAAUGUCGCCAUGUGGUUUUCAAAAGAUGGUAAAAAAUUAGCUUUUGCCAGUUUUAAUGAUUCUCUCACACGCGUCAUGUCCAUACCUUUUUACGGAUUGCCUGGAAAUUUAGAUUUUCAAUAUUCCAGAGCUGUGAACAUACGUUAUCCCAAACCUGGUUCCCCCAAUCCUACGGUCAGCCUACACAUUGCACAUUUGGAAGAUGUGAAUCAAGGAUUGAUAAAAGUUUUAGAAGUUCCACCACCCAACGAAUUAAAACUAGCAGAACCAAUUUUGACAGCUGUUACGUGGCCUGAUGAAGAUCAACUUUCGGCUGUUUGGAUGAACAGAGUUCAAAAUAUGAGUUAUUUGACUUUGUGCAAUUCGAAACAAAGCGAUUGUAGAAAUAUUUUAACUAUUAUGGAAGACAAAGGUUGGGUGGAACUUUUUGUACCACCUCUUUUCUCUUCAGAUGCAUCGAAAAUGGCACUAAUUUUACCACAAAAUCAGGGUGCAGAUGGUGAUUUUCGAGCCACAUCCGAAUAUAUAGUGAAACCGUUAACAAAAGGAAAAUAUACUGUUACCGAUAUAUUAUUCUACGAUGACGUGCGAAACUUGGUGUAUUAUUUGGCGACGGCUGAAAAUCAUCCAGAACAACUUCAUCUUUAUGUUGUAUCUACAGAUGGAAAUAAAGAUCCUGAAUGUUUGUCUUGCAAAGUUAAAACAGAACUUGAAAAUAAAUCAUGCCUUUAUAAUAGAGCCUUUUUUGGUAAAAAGGGAUCAACCACUUACGCUUUAUCCUGUCUCGGACCGGGAAUUCCAGAGAUUUCAAUUUUCGAUAUGAAUAAUAAUAAAUUAAUGACUUGGGAAAACAAUGAAUUUAUUAAAAAUAAAUUAAGCGCCAAAGUAUUACCAACAAUUGAAAGAUUAACCGUACCUGUUUCUGGCGGUUUUAAUGCUGUUGUUGUUUUAUUUUUACCACCGAAUAUUGACAAAUCAGGAAGUACCAAAUAUCCGCUCUUAGUCAACGUUUAUGCCGGUCCUGAUUCGUAUCAAGCCACUGAAAAGUUUAACGCGGAUUGGAAUUCUUAUCUCACGAGUAAUAAAAGUAUUAUUUGCGCUACAAUAGAUGGACGUGGUUCAGGUCUUAAAGGAAAUAAAAUGUUGUUUUCUAUAUAUCGAAGAUUGGGUACAUACGAAAUCGAAGAUCAAAUCGAAGUGACGAAUUAUCUUCAACAAAACUAUCCAUACAUAGAUUCAGAUAGAACUGCCAUUUGGGGAUGGAGUUAUGGAGGAUAUGCCACUGCCAUGGCACUCGCUCAAGAUAGAUCUAAAGUUUUUAAAUGUGGUAUAUCUGUUGCACCUGUCACUGAUUGGGCUUAUUACGAUACUAUUUAUACUGAAAGGUACAUGGGUUUACCCAGAAGAGAUGAUAAUCUCCUUGGUUACGCCGAAGCUCAAUUAAAUGAUAAAGUUGAAAACAUUCGAACCAAACAAUUUUAUCUUGUUCAUGGCACUCUAGAUGAUAAUGUACAUUAUCAACAAAGUAUGAUGUUGUCAAAAGCAUUAUCACAAAGCGACAUUCUUUUCCAACAACAGACUUAUCCAGAUGAAGAACAUGGUCUCGCUGGGGUAAGACCUCAUUUAUACCAUUCAUUAGAAAAGUUCCUUGAUAAAUGUUUUGAUUUGAAGUGA